AUGCUUACCGCUUCUUUUCGUGCUGCCUCUGUUAUUCUUGUUCCUGUCACGUCAUUAGCUGUUUAUGCCACUUAUGUUCGUUCAAAUGCCAAACCUACUCAAGCGCAUAUUGAAUACAUGAAAAAUACUGGUGUUAGCCAAACUGAUUAUAUCAAAUGGAUAAAACUAAAUAAUGGUCUUGGUCUUAUUGAUGUUGGUCGAAGCGGUGGAGGUCUUUAA